AUGAUUGCGCCUGCUUUGACAGAGCGUGCCGCCAAAUCCUUCGAGCCGAAUGUAAUAGACCAGGUCGACAUCUAUCUCCGGCAGGUCCUGGAGGCUUCAAGGUCCUCUCGACCACUCAAUAUGUCGGAAACAGUCGGAUAUCUUACCCUGGAUACGAUUGCCAAAUUAAGCUUCGGAUACCAUCUUCGAACUCAGACGAGCAAUGAAAACAGGUUUGUGCAUAAGGCCCUGGCCUCCGGCCUCUAUCGAGGCAACGUCUGGCAUCAGGUCUUUUUCCUGUCGAAACUAUACUUGGAUAAGAUCUUUAAUCGGAUUUUCGAUUACAGGGCGAGGUACUUGCGCUUGUUGGAGAAGAUGGUCAAGUCUCGUCUCGCCAAAGGCGCAGACGGCGAACGAGAUUUCUACUCGUUUAUUUCUGAAUUUGGCGAGGUUUCCGGGAACGAGCGAAAGAAGGAGCUUUGGUUCGAGGCCAACUUCUUGAUAAUUGCAGGAUCGGACACGACGGCUGCAGCCACAAGUUCCACUUUCUUCUACUUAUCACGCAACCCUGAAUGUUACCAAAAGCUUGCCAGUGAGGUGAGGUCCACUUUUGCUGAAGGCGGUGACAUCAAAGGUGGUCCCCAAUUGGCAAGUUGUAGAUACCUUCGAGCCUGCAUCGAUGAGGCGAUGCGCAUGUCCCCACCAGCACCAGGAGUCUUAUGGCGGAUGCAAGACCCAAACAACAAGGAACCUCUGGUGAUCGACGGACACGUUAUACCUCCACGCACACUCUUUGGAGUUAGUGCUUACGCAAUCCACCAUAAUGAGCAAUACUUCCCGGAUUCCUUUUCGUACAAGCCUUCACGGUGGCUCGGAGCUGAUGAUGGCUCCAAGGUCCUACAUGACGCUUUUGCAGCCUUCUCAAUUGGCAGUCGCGGGUGUGCAGGGAAGUCCAUGGCCUACUUGGAGAGCAGUCUUAUUCUAGCGAAAACGUUGUGGUACUUUGACUUUGAAAUGACUGGUGGAAAGCUGGGGGAGGUUGGGGGUGGCAAGGCGGGUGACACAACUGGCAGAGAGCGACCGGGAGAGUUCCAGCUGGAGGAUAUCUUCACGACGAGGCACAAUGGCCCUUAUCUUGCUUUUCAUCUACGUGGUGAUUAUUGGAAAGAUUUAGAGGCAGACGUCUGA